AUGGAGGGCGGAGGAGGAAACAUCAAGGUCGUGGUCAGGGUACGCCCGUUUAACGGCAGAGAACGGGACCGCAAUGCAAAAUGUAUCGUGCAGAUGAAAGGCGCGCAGACGGUUCUCACUCCACCGCCCGGAGCAGAAGAAAAGUCUCGCAAAGGAGGGAAAUCAAGCUCCAAUGCCUCCGCCGGUGAAGGACCGCGAAUAUUCGCCUUUGACAAAUCAUACUGGUCCUUCGAUCGCAAAGCGCCGAAUUACGCGGGACAAGAAGAUCUGUUCAAAGAUCUCGGUGCGCCACUGCUCGAUAAUGCCUUUCAGGGAUAUAAUAAUUGUAUCUUCGCGUACGGGCAGACGGGGUCCGGAAAGUCAUAUUCCAUGAUGGGAUACGGAGAAGAUGCGGGCGUGAUACCGAUGAUUUGCAAGGAGAUGUUUCAACGCAUCUCUGUCCUGCAGGAGGAUAAGAGCCUGAACUCGACGGUCGAGGUGUCGUAUCUGGAAAUCUACAAUGAGCGGGUCCGAGACCUGUUGAAUCCGGCGAAUAAGGGGAAUUUGAAAGUCAGAGAACAUCCCUCUACGGGUCCGUAUGUGGAGGAUCUGGCGAAGUUGGUCGUGCAAAGUUUUCCCGAGAUAGAACAUUUGAUGGAUGAAGGGAACAAGGCCAGGACGGUAGCGGCGACUAAUAUGAAUGAGACCUCGAGUCGAUCGCAUGCCGUCUUCACACUCACCUUGACGCAGAAGAGACAUGAUGCCGAGACGACGAUGGAUACGGAGAAGGUAUCGCGCAUCAGUCUGGUUGAUCUUGCGGGUUCAGAACGAGCUACGUCUACGGGUGCGACGGGCGCGAGGUUAAAGGAAGGCGCGGAAAUUAAUAGAUCGCUCUCCACGCUCGGUCGAGUCAUUGCUGCCCUGGCAGAUUUGUCCUCUGGCAAGAAGAAGGCUGUCGUUCCGUACCGUGACUCGGUGUUGACAUGGCUGCUCAAGGAUUCUCUCGGCGGAAACUCCAUGACUGCCAUGAUAGCAGCCAUCUCGCCGGCUGAUAUCAACUACGACGAAACGCUGAGUACCUUACGCUACGCCAAUUCCGCCAAACGCAUCAAGAACCAUGCCGUCGUCAACGAAGAUCCUAACGCGCGCAUGAUUCGCGAGCUCAAGGAAGAACUCGCCCAGCUUCGAAGUAAGCUUGGUGGUGGGCCGGGACCCGGGGCGGGUGCGGGAGGUAUACCACAGGUAGAAUACCCGCCUGGCACGCCGCUGGAGGAGCAGAUGGUUACCAUCAUGCAGCCAGACGGCUCGGUUAAGAAAGUCAGCAAAGCCGAGAUCGUCGAACAGCUCGAUCAGAGCGAGAAGCUUUACAAAGAUCUCAACCAGACGUGGGAAGAGAAGUUGCAAAAGACAGAAGAAAUUCACAAAGAGCGAGAAGCUGCGCUGGAAGAGCUCGGAAUCAGUAUAGAGAAGGGCUUCGUUGGUCUAAGCACGCCGAAGAAGAUGCCUCAUUUAGUCAAUUUGAGCGACGACCCGCUUCUGGCAGAGUGUUUGGUCUAUAAUAUCAAGCCAGGAACGACCACGGUGGGAAACGUGGAGACCUCAACGACCUGUGAGAUUCGACUGAAUGGGUCCAAGAUAUUGCAUAAACACUGCACGUUCGAGCAUGUAGAUAACAUCGUCACCAUUAUACCCAGCGAAGGCGCGGCGGUUAUGAUCAACGGUGUCCGCAUCGAUAGUCCCCAGAGACUAAGAAGCGGAUUCAGAAUCAUACUGGGAGACUUCCAUAUCUUCCGAUUCAAUCAUCCCAUGGAAGCCCGUGCGGAACGAGUAGAGCAAAGCCUGCUCCGCCAUUCAGUCACGACCAGCCAACUCGGCUCUUCUACGCCCGGCCGAUCAGGCCACGAUAGAUCGAUAAGCAAGACCGGUUCAGAAAUAGACGGCGACUCAAGCCGUUCUGGAUCCCCCAUGCCGUCCCAACGAGGUCGUGACUCGGACUGGUUCUACGCUCGUCGAGAAGCGGCAAACGCAAUAUUAGGAACCGAUCACAAAAUCUCAGCUCUAACAGAUGACGAACUAGAUGCUCUAUUCGACGACGUCCAGAAAGCCCGAGCCGUACGGAAAGGGUUUUACGAAAACAGGUUUCUCGAUAUGGAAGAGGACUCUGAUUCGCUUUCUUCAUACCCCAUUAGAGAGAAGUACAUGUCAAACGGCACCAUUGAUAAUUUCUCGUUAGAUACCGCGCUUACCAUGCCAGGCACGCCUCGUCAGGGCGAGUAUGAAGACGGAAACCAAGACUCGCCUAGCAACGGCAAACGAAUAGACGAAGAAGGGGAAUCUGAAAAGGCACGGAUGGAAAAGGCGCUAUUAGAAGCCAAAGAGGAAUUCCAGCAACAGCUACAGAGACAAAAGGAAGCAUUCGAGACACAGAUAAAGGGGAUUGCCCAUCUAUCGGGGCACAUGACGGAGGAUGGUCCGGGAUUCUCCUUUCUUGAACCCCGUGAGAUCGAAGUAGCCAGAAACGUACUCACGCACUGGCGACGAAGAAAUUACGUGCGCAUGGUCGAAUCCGUUCUACAGCAUGCCUCUCUCCUCAAAGAAGCACAAGUGAUGAGCCACAUAAUGGAUAAAAACGUGUUUUUCCAAUUCGCCAUCGUCGACGUCGGCCAGAAUAUGGGCUCGUCGUACGAUCUUGUUCUAAACGGUAUAUCGGGGGACGACGACGUGGCGCUAGACGACGCAAAGAAACCAUGCAUCGCCAUCCGAGUCAUCGACUUUAAACAUAACGUCAUUCUUCUCUGGUCGCUCGAUAAGCUGGAACGUCGCGUACAGGCUAUGCGGCAGAUGCAUCAAUACAUCGACAGACCAGACUAUAUACAGCAUUUCAAACUUGAAAACCCCUUCUCGGAACAAUGUUCUCCUAACUAUUCGCUAGUAGGGGAUGUCGAUAUACCCCUUACCGCAGUCUUUGAGUCAAGGGUCCAGGAUUUCUCCGUCGAGGUCGUCUCGAUAUAUACCCAGAACGUCAUUGGGAUACUUAGAUUAUCACUCGAACCAUCUGCAGCCCAAGCGCCUUCGUCAACACUAAAGUUCAACGUCGUGAUGCGUGAUCUGGUCGGUUUCGCCGAACGAGAAGGCACAGAUGUCCAUGCCCAGCUAUUCGUUCCAGGCGUUUCUGAAGAAGGCGGUGCAACAACUACCCAGAUCAUUAACGGAUUCGAUGAAAACCCCGUUCAAUUCGAAAGCGUACACAGCAUGAGCCUUCCAAUAAGUAGUCCGCGAGCAUCUACGUUGAAAGUCAGCAUAUUCGCCCUCGUAUCAACGAUGCAUCUAGACAAGCUGUUAAGCUGGGAUGAGAUGCGCGAUGCACCAGAAGCGCCACCGCAGAAGAGGAAAGCUCCCCGUAUCGCGGAGUCGGAAUACUUUCAAGAAGAGAGACAUGACGUCUUUGCUGGCGUCCAGAUACUUGAACUCGCUGAAAACGGCGAAUAUCUUCCCGUAGAUGUCGUUCAAGCUAACAGUUUGGAAGCCGGUACUUACCAGCUCCAUCAGGGCCUUCAGCGUCGUAUCGUUGUUAAUCUCGCUCAUAGUUCGACGGAAAGCCUGCCGUGGGAUGAUCUAACUGCUCUACGUGUCGGGGGGGUACGAUUACUUGAUCCGUGGGGUAAAGUGCCUGACCUAGACGGUAAAUCCGCCGACGUACCGCUCAAGAUGAUACAGGAACCAAUGGUGAAGGAUAACGCGGAUGGAUCUUCCAAUAUAACCAUCAUCGGACAAUGGGACUCUAGCGCCCACGGCUCAUUAUUACUAGAUCGGACAACAGCAGACAAAUAUCGAGUCCAAAUAACAUUACGAUGGAAUCUAAUAUCUUCUCGUCUUCAAGAACCUAUCGUCUUUGAACUUGAUCAGUCUAUACAAAUCCUUGGCCGUUCCAGCGUCCGUCCACAGUCGAUGUUUAAACAGUUCUGGAACUCUACGCGUGUCGUGCACUCGACCUCGCAGAUGUUCUCUGUCGCCGUUCGACCCGUCUCAGCCAAACGUGCAGCCGACCUUUGGCGCAUGAAUACUCAAAACGACUAUAUCAAGGGCGAGGAACUCUUGACUACCUGGUCUCCACGUAAAGUCUCACUGAUCAAGGACUAUAUAUCUGCGCGAAAAAGAAGACAUCGCGUAGCUGAGAUCGAAGCUGCUCGAGCCGCGUUGAGUGACGGCAGCUUGACCCCCCUAUCAGGCAACGGCAUCACUACUCCAUUAUCACGCAAUACCCCUGAAAAUGCCGAGAGGCGAGAACAGCUACUGCGCAAAUACCUCAAUCUUUGGUCUGCAAGCAAAGAUCCAACAGAUACCAUUCUUGUCAAGGGUCAUACCGAACCCCCUUCACAGGGCGCUGCAUUCGCACCAACCACAACCGCCGCCCUGACAAGUUCAUCUACCGACAACGACAGCGUAACGUCGAGCGCGAACGCCUCCUCACAUCCUUCAAACGACCACCACGAAAGAUCAUCCAAACCUCGCUUCCUAGCCACCAUCCAACAUAUACCGAAAAACCCUACUAUCCUUAAAUCCGGCUACCUCUACACCCCUGACGAUACCUAUAGCCUUUGGGUCCGCCGAUUCGUCGAGCUCCGACUACCUUAUCUCCACAUCUACUCCGUGCCCGACGGCGAUGAGAUAAACGUUAUCAACCUGCGCAAUUCCCACGUCGAUCAUGAUCCUGACUUUGCUAGACUUCUCGUCGGCUCCGGCAAUGGACUAUCUACGCGUGGUCAGCCGAAUGUGUUUGCCGUGUUUGGAACGCAAAACACGUUCUUAUUUGCAUCACGAACCGAGUCACAGAAGAUAGAGUGGAUUCUCAAGAUUGACGAGGGCUAUUUCAGUGGCAUCAAUCAUAAUGACGGCAACCGCGCUGGCUCAAGACGAUAA